GGCACACUGAUUUUCCCGUACGCUCUGAACAGGUACAAGGGUACUGGAUACUUCUAUAUUCUAACAAACUAGUACAUGUCUCAAAUGCAUGUAGACGGACAUGACAGCCUUGUGGAUUUACAAUUAAUUGCUAAAACUGACUGAGGAUUUUCAAGCUAAUUUGAAAGUGAAAGCAAGUUGUGAAAACAGCUAUUUGUUUAGAAAAGUGUCUACUAUGGCAUCUAAAUCCUUUUCUGAAGACGACUUCACCUGUCCUGUGUGCUGUGAUGUCUUCAAGGACCCUGUGCUGCUGAAAUGUAGUCACAGUAUCUGUAAAGUCUGUCUGCAGAAGUUCUGGGAAACUAAAGGCUCCAGAGAAUGUCCAGUCUGCAGGAGGAGGUCAUCCAUGGAACCUCCUCUUAACCUCCACUUAAGGAACCUGUGUGAGACGUUCUUACAGGAUAGAAGUCAGAGAGCUUCAGCAGGGUCUGAGGUGCUCUGCAGUCUGCACAGUGAGAAACUCAAGCUCUUCUGUCUGGAGGAUAAACAGCCUGUGUGUAUGGUGUGUAGAGACUCCAAAAAGCACACUGGCCACAGAUUUCACCCUGUUGAUGAAGCAGCCCUUGACCGUAAGGAGGAGCUCAAGAUCAAACUGCAGCCCCUACAGCAGAAACUGAAGACCUUUGAGGAGACUAAAGUCACCUGUGAUCAAACAGCAGAUCACAUCAAGACUCAGGCCCUAAACACAGAGAGGCAAAUUAAGGAGGAGUUUGAGAAGCUUCAUCAGUUUCUACGAGAUGAAGAGGCAGCCAGGAUAGCUGCACUGAGGGAGGAAGAGGAGCAGAAGAGUCAGAUGAUGAAGGAGAAGAUUGAGAAGAUGAGCAGAGAGAUCUCAUCUCUUUCAGAUACAAUCAGAGCCAUAGAAGAGAAGAUGGGAGCUGAUGACAUCACAUUCCUGCAGUUCCAGAACUACAAGAGCACAGUGGAAAGAGCCCAGUGCACACUGCAGGAUCCAGAGAGGGUUUCAGGAGCUCUGAUCAAUGUGGCAAAGCACCUGGGCAACCUGAAGUUCAGAGUCUGGAAGAAGAUACAGGAGACUGUUCAGUACACUCCUGUGACUCUGGAUCCCAACACUGCAAAACCCACUCUCAUCCUGUCUGAGGAUCUGACCAGUGUGAGACGUGGUGAUGAGGUGCAGCAGCUUCCUGAUAACCCAGAGAGAUUUGAUUACUAUGGCAGUGUCCUGGGCUCUGAGGGCUUUAACUCAGGGACUCACUGCUGGGAUGUGGAGGUUGGAGAGAACACACUGUGGAGUGUGGGUGUGAAGGCAGAGUCAUCCCAGAGGAAGGGUGAAUAUGAUAAUGAUGUGAGUGGAGAGUGGAGUGUGGGGUAUAGAGAUGGUAAAUAUAGAGCAUGGGCUCCACUACAGCCCUCCACUCUCCUCACAGUGCAGCAGAAACCCCAGAGGAUCAGAGUGCAGCUGGACUGGGACAGAGGAAAGUUGUCAUUCUCUGACCCUGAUAAUAACACACACCUACACACUCACAAACACACUUUCACUGAGAGAGUGUUUCCAUACUUCAAUGGAGAUCCUCUGAAGAUCUCUCCAGUGAAGGUCUCAGUUAGAGUAGAGCAGCCCAGUUAGAGCUGAUACUGUCUCUGUGUGGACCAGAACUGAUCAGCAUGAGAUGAAUCAGUUAGAGGAGACUCUCUGACUUUUUUACAUUCUCAGGUUUACACUGUGCAUGUGAUAAUGUGCUUUCCAUUCUAUGGAUAUCACUGUAUCAAAUCGGUUUUAAAAUUGAUAAAGGUUCAGUAACGUGCAACAGGGUUGUGAGUGUUUCAGUUGACGCGUGUCUGCUGCAACAAUCAGCUCCCAUUGUAGUCAGUGCACUGACUACAAUGGGAGCUGAUUGUUACACCAGACACAAUAGCAGCACAUUCAUUCAUUAGUCUUCAUCUAUUAAUGCUCUGCGUACAGAGUGCUUCAGUUACGUGUCCAGUGUAGCCUCCCUGUAAGUCAGUGAGUAGGCCUAGCUUCUGUUUCCAUGGAAACAGUAUGGCACAGAAUAGUUAUUGAACUACAACAGUUUCACAUUAAUUUCCUAAUCAUGGAGAUCAUUCAAUUGUAUUGUGUGUUUUUUAUCUGAUGAUGUAAUUAGAUUGGGAACAUCCAAUGGGGGAGACGAUUGUCAUGAUGAUGUUUAACUAAUGAUAUUGUUUUCUGCUAUCAAAAGACUCUCUUGAAAUGGCACAUCUCAGGUUAACAAGUGUAAAAAUGUGCAAUUAUAACCAAAGAACAAUAAAAGCUUAAAAGAAUAAACAUCAUUACGCCAAA